GAGCGUCGGAACGCUGUGUGCUCUUUUUAGUCGUAGUAUGGCAACAGUAGCCAACCGAACGGAGAUCCAUUUGAGUAUUUGACCCCGAGAGAAAGAGAGAGCCUCCGAGCAGAGCAGAGCACCUUUAUAACUCCCAGCUCUCCGUUUCCCUCUCGUCCGCUCCUCCAACCCCACGUACGGUAACGGGUAACCAACCACCCCAGUCCCAGCUCCUCGCUAAUCAUCAUUUUACGCCGCCUGCGCGCGCUCCCGGGCGUCCAGCCGCCUCGCACGGUGCUACGCUGGGCAGCCAGACAGAGAGGGCGGAAGCUCGCGGCGCGGCGGUGGCAUGGGGAACGCUCUGGCCGGCAGGCGGCGCGCGGCCAAGGUGAUGACGGUGGACGGCGCCACGUUCCGGUACAAGACGCCCGCGGCGGCCGGCGCGGCCCUGCGCGGCCACCCGGGCCACCAGCUGCUCGAGUCCGAGGAGGUGCGGCGGCUGGGCGUCCGCGCCCGCCCGCUCGACCGCGACGCCGCGCUCAAGCCGGGCAAGCUCUACUUCCUCGUGCAGCUCCCGCGCGGAGCCGGCGGGCGCGGCGCCGGCGACGAGGAGGACCUGCGCGGGCCGCACAAGACGUGGUCCGGCGCGCUGCACGUGGGCGCCCGGGAGCGGCUGGAGAGCCUGAUGCUGUCGCGCCGCACCGUGUCGGACGUGGCGUCCCUGAUGCCCUCCGCCGGCAGGGAGCCGUCUUCGGCGGCGGCGGCCCGGUCGUCGUCCGUGGAGGCCGGCGCGGACGGCGCCGUGCGGCUCCGGAUGCGGCUGCCCAAGGCGGAGGUGGCGCGGCUGAUGAAGGAGAGCAAGGACCCCGCGGAGGCCGCCGAGCGGAUCAUGCAGCUCUGCGUCGCCAGGGACCAGGGGGGCGACGCCGCUGUGCCGGCCAAGCCCGCCGCGCUGCCGGUCUCCGCGCUGUGCACCAACAAGACGGCCAUGAAGAAAGAGAAGCGGACGAGGUUCAUGGCCGUGCCGGACGAGAUCAUCGGAUGACGAAGCGGGACGGGGUGCUUCAUGGCAUUCUUGUCUCUCUGCUCUGUGCUUUUUUUGGCGGAAUUGCUGGGUUUGGAGCGUGAGAAGCUGCCGGGAAAUGUUGGCUUCCUAUCCUAUUUCCCCAGCAAAUUCUGGACUAGGAAUGGUGUUCAUGAAGCAACGACCUUUCUCUUCCUCCCUGCCUUCCUCUUAUAUAUCGUAGCACUAGCAUAACGAGAAAGAACUCAAAAAAGAAAAAUAUCACUGUACUUAGCUAGGUCGUGUAAAUAUUCCAGCUGCUUAAUCUAGUGACUGCGUGGCCAUC